CAAACGCAGCGCCCCCAGUGCCCCCCACCUGCAAAAUGUGAGGCAGCCUAAUUAAUUCCUCCACAUCUGCGUAUUUUGGCGGCGCAACCAUGAACUUGCUGCUAUACUCGUGUCGGGCGACCUGCAAGGACGCGAAAGGCCCAGUGCCAGGACGACUCCGGGGUCUCAUCCCCAGUUUUCUUCACCCGCAUCACUCCGGGACUGAGUAUGCGCAGCAGUUUGUUCGUCUCUAUAUAAAGAGGACCACGUCCGCACCUCGGCUAGGUCCUCAUCCAGCAGAUCUACCAGGCUUUUCCCCUGCCUAGAUCCAUUGCUUCUUCACCUCACAAGAUAAACAUCAUGAGCGACGUCAAGCCAGGACCUUUCCAGCGCUCGCUCGGUGCCAGCGCUGUCGGCACACCACCUCAGAUCUUCAACUUUGUUCUAUUCCUUGGAACAAUGAUCUUUGGUAUCCUUGGAGCUGCCCGUGGUUUCGACGAGGGUAACGUGUCUGGCAUGUUGGCAUCGCCCAACUUCAAGUCCCUCUUCGGCUUGGACCCAAAGAAGAACUCUGCCCAGGAGAUCGCCGAUACCAAGGGUAACAUUGCCGGUAUGGUGCAGCUCUGCUCCAUCGGUGGUGCCUUCAUUGCCUUUGCCAUUACAGACAGAAUUGGCCGUGUAUGGGCUCUUCGUCAGCUCUGUGUCCUCUGGAUUGGUGGUGUCAUGCUCCAGAUCUUUGCACAAAACCUUGGUAUGCUUUACGCUGGUCGUGCCCUCGCUGGUCUCGGUAUUGGUCAGACCACCGUCGUGGGUCCUACUUACCUCGUCGAAGUCGCCCCUCGUCAAAUCCGUGGUCUUUGUUCUGGUAUGUUCUCUGGCUCAGUCUACCUCGGUAUCAUGCUUGCCUACUUUGCCAACUACGGAUCUUCACUCUACCAGACUGGCCGCGUCCGUUGGCAAAUUCCAAUUACUCUCCAGGUCAUGUUUGCUGGUAUGGCUCUCGUCCUCUCCAUCUUCGCCAUUGAGUCUCCCCGUUUCCUCAUCAUGAAGGGCAAGCACGAGCAGGCCGCCAAGAACCUGUCAAAGCUCCGUGGCCUGCCAAUCGAGCACGAGUUCAUGCAAUCUGAAAUCGCAACCAUCACUGAGGCCCUUGAGAAGGAGCGUGCCAUCAUGUCUGGACGUACCCUCAGUGGUCGCAUCUUCGAGAUUGUCGGCACCCACUCCAACCGUUUCCGUUUGAUUGGUGUUGGUAUCAUGAUUCAGCUCUUGGGUCAAUGGUCCGGUGCAAACUCCAUCACUAUCUACGCUCCAGAGUACUUUGCCCUUCUCGGUAUCCGCGGAACUGAGACCAAGCUCCUCGCAACUGCAGUCUUUGGUAUUGUCAAGCUCGUUUCCUCUUUGGUCUGUGCCUUCUUCCUCAUUGACCGCAUUGGCCGUAAGCGAUCGCUCUACAUCGGUGUCGGUCUCCAGACUCUCUCUAUGCUCUACAUUGCCGCAUUCCUCACUGCAGCACCGGAAAUCUCAGACGAGUCAUCCAUCAGCUCUUCACACAGCGCAACCGUCAAGAACGCCAGUGUUGUGGGUGUCAUUUGCAUUUACAUCAACGGUUUCGGUUGGGCCAUGGGUUACAACUCUAUCCAGUACCUCAUCAACACUGAGAUCUUCCCUCUCCACCUUCGUUCGCUUUCGGCAUCUAUCAUCAUGGCUGUUCACUUUGCCAACCAGUACGGAAACUCAAAGUCCGUUCCUGCUAUGCUUUUGCCCACUUCUGAGGGCGGUGCCGGCCCAGCUGGAACCAUGUGGUUCUUCGUCGUCAUCUGCACACUUGGUCUCGUUUACAUCUUCUUCUUCCUCCCAGAGACCGGUGGUUACACACUCGAGGAGAUGGAGGACAUCUUCAACUUCCCUUGGUGGCAGAUUGGCCGGAAGUCAAAGAACAUGAGGAAGACUGGCGACUUGCCACGCUCUACUGGCGACAACGAGUCUGUUGUUGUCGACUACGAAAAGUCUGAAGGCCAGCACGUCGAGACAAUGUCAGUGCACAGCAAUGACAAGGCCAGGCGUUAAUGCAUCUUUCUUUCUUAGCCACCUUCUUGGCAGCUUCUCUGCCCUUAUUAGCCUUUCUAUACAUUAGAUGUCAACUAUUUACUUGAACUAUCGC